AUGCCGCUGUCUACUGAAGAGGUUUUACCUUUUGGUGAUGGCUCCAACAAGAUCUUUGGGAUGGAAAACUUUGGAAACACAUGUUAUUGUAAUUCAAUACUACAAUGCUUGUAUUACUCAGAGUCAUUUAGAUAUCAUUUAAUUACACAUAAAACAACUAAACACGAACCCAAGUUGGUCGUCAAUGGCGUCAAACCACAUAGCUUCACUACCAAAUAUGAGCAGCUACUUGCAAAAAAGGCUAAAGAGCAAGGAAAGGUAUAUCCACCUAGUGCCACAUCUGUUAGUAGCAACAACGCCGACGAAAGGCCCAAAUCGAGCAGAAAGGGUUCAAUUUUUGGCAUUAAGUUCAAUUCUUCGAAUAGCGAUGGUAAUGGCCAAUCAUCAUUGGGAAGUUUGAAUGAUGAUAAUAAAAAGAACUCUUAUCUUGUGGAAGCAAAGAAUUGUGAAGCUUUAGGCUUAGAUCAACGCCUUAGGAUCUUCAAAAACUCCGAUUUCCAGGAUUUACAGGUCUUUGUAACUAGGCCUAUUACAGAUAUGGCUAACGCAAAUAACAGAAAUGAUUAUUCUCAGAGCUCUUCGCUUCUUUUGAAUAACGAUAGCCAACAACAAGUUCAACUAGAAGGUUCAGUCAGCUCUCAUUCGAGCAUUGUUAUUGUUGGUAUUCCUUUUCCUGAGACCUUUUUGACCCAUCCUAUAAAUCCUUUCAAUCCUAGUCCCUCUUCCGAUCAGCGCAAGAGGUCAGCACUCAUAAAUGGCCCUAUCAUAAAUCUAGACACAUCUUUACAAUUACCUAGCCAACAAUCUGAUAAUUCGGCAUUAUUAUAUGCCUUAAGAGAUUUAUUUGAAAGCAUGGUGGAAAAUAAGUCGACUACAGGGGUGGUUUGUCCGUCAUACUUCAUAAAUAAGCUAAAAGAGAAGAACUUUUUGUUUAGACCACAAAAUAUGCACCACGAUGCUCAUGAAUUCUUCAACUAUUUGAUCAAUGAAAUUAUAGAGAGCUUGAAUGAUGAAUUGGGAGCUGAGAAUAAUUGGUGCAACAAGAUUUUUCAAGGAUUGAUUACAAAUGAGACCAAAUGUCUUUCAUGUGAGACCAUAACUGCAAUGAAUGAAUGCUUUCUUGAUUUAUCUAUAGAUAUACCCCCAGGUGAGAGCUCUUACUCAUUAACCUAUUCCUUGAAUAAUUUUUCCAAGCUGGAGAUCUUGUCUAGUCAGAAUAAGUUUUACUGUAACACUUGUUCCUCUCUUCAAGAAGCAACAAAAACCAUAAAACUAAAGAGACUACCGGAAGUUCUUGUUAUAAAUUUUAAAAGAUUCAAGUAUGAUGAAGGUCUCGACAAAUUGGUGAAGCUUUUUGAUUCGAUCAGCUACCCAUUUAAAUUGAGAUUGUUUAAUACCACUGACGACGAGAAAGAACUCACUCUAUAUGAACUUUAUGCUCUUGUUAUCCAUAUCGGCGGAGGACCUAUGCAUGGCCACUAUGUUGCCAUCUGCAAAGUGAAAUCAGGAUUAUGGCUUCUUUUUGAUGACGAAACAGUUGAACUAGUAGAGGAUUCGUACGUAAUGCGAUUUUUUGGCGAUGGUCCAGGUCUUGCUAGCGCAUAUAUUUUGUUUUACACGAGGAACCAAAACCCACAGGAACCUUCUGAUGUUGAUACUGUGGACUUUGGUUUCAAUCCAGGUGAACUUUACAACGGCGAAGAGUUUUGCUUAUUUCAGCAGCUUGAAGCUCAACGCAAUGAUUCUCUUUCAAGUAAGAUUUCAACUAAGGAAGUUGAUGAAGAUCUCAACUCUGAUACGGCUUCUACAGGAACUGUGGGCUCCAAUAAAGAUACCCCCGAAAUAGCAAAAAAACCUGCAUUAUUUAGGAAGAAUUCUAGAUUGAAUGGUCAUAAAGAGGAAAAGCCAGAUACUAAAUCCAAUCCAGUGAUGAAAGAGAAAGAUAAAAAGACAUGGGUGGGUGGCUUAAAGAGGAGGGAGACUAGAACAGAUACAAAUGAGGAGCGUAGGGGAAGUAUAGGAAGCUCUGGUAGUAAUUCAGAGAAGAGAAAAUCUAUCUUUGGGUUUAAGAGAAAAUAA